GUCGACCACCACGCCCUCUCAGUUCAGAGCAGACGUCACGCUGCAAAGGUUAUAUAUUUUUGCAGUCGCCAUUUUGGCAAAGAUAGAACCGCAUCUAAUUAUAGAAUCUCCACUGUACAGCUUGACGAAAAGGAAAAUUCAAGGAUAAUAAUGUCGAACGAAGAGGAGAAAGAUAUGCAAUUGAAACGGCUGACGAAUGGACAAUGUACAGAGAUCAAUGUUCAGGAUGAAGUCAUUGUACAGAGAAAGAAAGAAAAAUUUCGUGAAAGAGAAAAAUGGGGUAACAAGCUGGAAUUUAUAUUAUCCUGUAUGGGAUUCUGCAUCGGUUUGGGUAACGUUUGGAGGUUUCCUUAUCUCUGCUAUAAAAAUGGAGGAGGAGCAUUUCUCAUACCUUACGGCAUUUGCCUUUUAGCUGGUGGAGCUCCCGUUUUCAUGCUUGAGAUUGCAUUAGGACAGUAUACGAGUCAAGGGGGGAUAACUGUUUGGAACAUCUGUCCUAUUUUUAAAGGCAUUGGUUACGGAACAACCAUCAUCUGUUUCUUCCUCAAUAUAUACUACAUCGUCAUCUUGAGUUGGGGAUUACUCUACUUGUUUUACUCUUUCACUGAUGUCCUUCCGUGGUCAACUUGCGGUAACCACUGGAACACCGAACACUGUUUGCGCGUCGAGGAAACUCGUAACAUAACCGAUGCCAAUUUCACCGAUAUGGCCGUCAACAUCACCGUUACCACUGUAGAAAGUAGCACCAAUAGAAAAGUGGAUGCCGUUGCCGAAUUUUGGGAACGUAAAGUCCUUCAAAUAUCUCAAGGUGUUGAUGAGGCUGGAGAUAUAAGAUGGGAAUUAGCUAUAGCUUUAUUAAUUGCUUGGGUUCUCUGCUAUUUUUGUAUAUGGAAAGGUGUUCGUUGGACUGGAAAGGUUGUAUAUUUUACUGCUACUUUCCCUUAUGUGAUGUUGAGUAUAUUAUUAGUUCGUGGAUUAACUUUGCCUGGAGCUAAAGAAGGAAUAAUAUUUUAUUUAAAACCAGAUUUUUCUCGCCUUACUGAUGGGCAGGUAUGGAUAGAUGCUGGAACACAAAUAUUUUUCUCUUAUGCCAUUGCCUUGGGCUGUAUGACUGCCUUGGGUAGCUAUAAUGAUUAUCACAACAACUUUUACAGAUUCUAUUAUCUUCUGAAAAGCUGCUUGCUUCAAAUCUAUCCUCUCCAUUCAACAUUAGCUGGCCUGUCUGAUAAUGGAUAAGAUGCUUCUUGAAAGAAGAAAACAGAAGGUCAACUUUAGAAUGUCCAAGUGGUUCCUGUAACAUCAUAUAACAUACAAGGUAAUGUUCAUACGGCCCAAUUGUUUUAAUUUGUUUCCUAAUCUUGUUCUGUACAGGUAAUUAUCACAUUUUGAUCAUAAGUCACCUUGUAAAAUCCACAGACAUAUAAAUUUUUUAAAUUCAGUGAAGCAUCUCAAAACUAAUUUUGGUGAUACAACAAAAAUUAUUGUUAAUAUAGAUUAUUUUUAAAUAUAUUUUAAAGCAAUAUUAAUGAAAGCACAUAUAUUUAAUAUUAAAUUUUUUCCAUAUUACCAACAUGCUCUGCUUCUUUUUUUGCUGUCUUAAUCUUUGUAUUCUGCUCAAAUCUAUCUUCUGAUGCUGAAUUUGCUUAAAAAUCUUCUUAAUCAAUUAGUGGAAAGAAAUAUGUUUUUUAAAGAAAAAAUCAAGUUAAUUUUUACAUAUAUUGCAUCAUCAGGGAAUAUGGGGCUUUGUUGUUUAAUUCAGAUGGUUAAAUUUAUUGAGUUAUGAAUAUGUGAAAAAAUGAAAUUUGCAUAUUCACUUGUGGAUUUCAAGAAUAAUUUCAUCAUAAUUUUGGAAAAACUUUCAACAUUAUGUAAAUGAUUUGGUGAGAUGCAUUCAAUAAUGCUGUUUUCAAGACUAAAGAAUAUUGUGAAAAUGACAGAUAAGGAUCAGAAUGUUGUUUUAAAUAAUGAAGUAUCCAGUAAUUAAUAAUGAAAGAUACAAAGAAAAAUAUGUAUGCAUAUCAAUUUAUGGAAUAUGUAUUGAAGAAUGUGAAAAUUAUAAAUUUUUAUCAGAAAAGUGAAUAUAUUUGACAAUGUAAUUUUUACUCUUCUAAUAUAAACAAGCCAUCUCAAUGAAGUUAUUCAAUGGUUUUGGCAGAUGAAAUUUUUUAUUAGAAAUUAACAAGCAUUCAAGUGUUUUUCAAAAUAUAUAUUUGCACACAUUAAAAAUAUAAAGAUAAGAAGAAAUAUUAAUAUAUUAGAUGAAUAUAAAGAAAAAUAAAGUAAUUACAAACAAGAAAGCAUUUAUGAAUAAUGAAGAUGAUGAUGGUAAAGAAAGAAUAAGUUUAUUAAAUGAAGACUGAAAUAGUUGAAUUAGAAGGUGGAAAAAUGAAUAUUUUUUAUAAAAACUGAUAUUAACAAUUACUGAAGAUUUACUGAUUGAAGUUUGAAGAUCAUUUCUCUCAGAAAAUUGAUAAACUUUAAAGAAUAAAGGAUUGAAAGUACUGUUCACUAAACUCUUAUUGCUGGUAAAAAGGUUUAAUUUUUAUCACAACUUAGUAACCAGUUUGUUUGCUAUACAUUGCUGUUUAAAGAAUAAAGUUGAAAGGAAGAAAAAUACAAGAUUUGAUACUGAUAAAGAUUUUAUCAUCACAGUCAUUUCUCUUCUGGAAGAUUUAUCUUCAGUUAUUAAUUUCAAAAAUACUUUUAUUUUAAUAUGUAUUCGGUUACAAUUAUUAAAUAUUUUGUAUUUCAUCAAUUCAUGUUAUUACUGAUAAUUUUAUGAAAUAAGUUUUGGAACAAUUUAAUAAUGAAAAUGUAAUAUUCAACAUUAGAUUUUGUAUAAUUAUUAAAUUUAUGGCUAUUUUUAAACUCUGUGUAAAACGAAAAGUUAAAAUAUCAAAAGCCAUUUAUUACUCCAUUCAUCAGAAUUUAAUUUUAAUUCAAUCAAAUAAAAGCACAGUAUAUAAAAAUGUUUUGUGUAGUAUUUUUAAUUUAAUCUGCAAAACUAAAUGUCUUAAAAAUAUUUAUGUUCAAGUACUGUGCUGUUUAUUAAUUUAUGUAUGCAUGUUGUUUAUAGUUUGUUAUAGUUUGUGAAAAUUAAACAUUAGAAAUGUUUAAAAAAUGGAAGUUGUUAUUUC